AGACGGGAGGUUUAAAUAAGGCUGAGUUUGACAGAAUCUCGAAGUGGGACCCCACGAUUCUAAUUUGAGGAGAGUGCGCUUCGGAUCGAUCUAGAUGCCACCGAAAACGGCCUCAGAUGACGCACAGUAGAUUGUCACUACUUAUUACAGUUUGGAUCGCCCACUUCCACGGUAACUACCCUAGUCUGUACAUUCAAAGACACUUGUACCAAGUCAAAAGCGUUGCAGUCAGGAUCUUGCCCCUGUCGAUCCUUUGUGUCUUGAUCGCACACUUUGGGUUGGUUCAGCCGUUCUUCGCUGGAAUGAGGCAAUUGGCGAGUGAAGGCUGGAUUUCUUUCCAGCUGUAGACACUCACGAGCCCUCGCACUGGCCUACGAACUCGCUCUCCACAUUCCCAUGUUCAACCCAGCACAUUAUUUUGUCC